GAAAAUGAACUACAACAAUAACAACAGCUGUACUGCAAUUAGCCCUUCAAUAGCCUUCCCGCCAAAAUCCAUGAUAUAUCUCCUGAUUCAUCCCAAAAUAAACCCUAAUGCAUCUACUCUCCUAAAGCUGAAACAAUCGGGAAAAAAAAAUUUAAAAGUAAAAGAUAAAAAUGGCUUCUUCUGCUUCAAAAACCCUAAUGGAGCUCCUCAAUCCGUCAAAGCGCCUGAAAACCCUCUCCUCAUCCUCCCCCGCCGGAACCGUAAUCCCCAAAUCCCCCAUCGCCGCCUGCUCCAGCUCAACCUCAGCCGACGCCGCCUCCAAUCUCACCCCCGAACAGCGAUCAAGAAUCGAGAUAAACAAAGCCCUCGCUCGAUCCAAGCGCAAUCUCAGGCUCUGCACCGAGAAGAUCGAGAAAUCCAAAGCUGAAGGGUUGGGUUAUGCGAAGCUGGAGGAGCUUUUGGUUGAAGAGACAUGGUUGGAAGCAAUUCCUGAUGAGCUUCAGAAGCCCUAUGCGAAGAAUCUGUGUAUGUUUGUAGAAAGAGAGAUUUGUGGGAGCGUUCCGAUCUAUCCACCCCCAUACCUCAUCUUUAAUGCACUUAAUUCGACUCCGUUUGAUCGGUUGAAGGUUGUGAUCAUCGGGCAGGAUCCUUAUCAUGGACCUGGUCAAGCCAUGGGUCUGGCUUUCUCAGUACCAGAGGGUAUCAAGGUUCCAUCAAGCCUAGUCAACAUAUUCAAAGAACUGAAGAAUGAUGUUGGCUGUUCUAUCCCAUCACAUGGUAACCUAGACAGAUGGACAGUGCAGGGUGUUCUUCUGCUCAACACUGUCCUAACAGUGAGGAACCAUCAAGCUAAUUCUCAUGCUAAGAAGGGCUGGGAAGCAUUUACAGAUGCAGUGAUACGAACAAUUUCACAGAAGAAAACUGGAAUUGUUUUUCUUCUUUGGGGAAAUUCUGCUCAAGAGAAGGCAAGACUUAUUGAUGAGUCAAAGCACCAUGUCCUGAGAGCUGCUCAUCCAUCAGGCUUGUCUGCAAACAGAGGAUUUUUUGGAUGCAGGCAUUUUUCUCAGACAAAUCAGCUACUAGAGAAAAUGGGCCUUUCUCCAAUAGAUUGGCAACUCUAAAUUUUGGGAUCAUCUUCCUUGGUGAUUUUGCUGAUUUGAUCACACUCGUAGGUCCAAGUUAUCUGCCAGCAACACGGCCAACUUCUACUUGGACGAUUUUGGACUAAUGGGAAAAGUAUAUUAUAAGCUAUGGUGUUUUUAACAUUGUAUGAUAUGUAGCAGGAGGGGUGUAACCUGCAAUUUUGCAUUUCUACUCUGUCAGUGUUAAAAAAAAAUACUCUGCAUCUAUACAGCGCAUCUGAUACUGAAAAAAACUUCUAGUACCCGAGACAGGUUGCAUUUGUUUUUAUCAUGGGCUAAAAGUAGAUUAGUGAUAUGCAUGUGUUUUUGAACA